AAUGAACUUCCUAGAGCUCAGAGCCUGGCAAUGCCGUUUGGGUGUGUGACUCUGGGCGACAAGAAGAACUAUAACCAGCCGUCGGAGGUGACGGACAGAUAUGAUUUGGGACAGGUCAUCAAAACGGAGGAGUUCUGCGAGAUCUUCCGGGCCAAGGACAAGACCACGGGCAAGCUGCACACCUGCAAGAAGUUCCAGAAGCGGGACGGCCGCAAGGUGCGCAAGGCGGCCAAGAACGAGAUCGGCAUCCUCAAGAUGGUGAAACACCCCAACAUCUUGCAGCUGGUGGAUGUGUUUGUGACCCGCAAGGAGUACUUCAUCUUCCUGGAGCUGGCCACGGGGAGGGAGGUGUUUGACUGGAUCCUGGACCAGGGCUACUACUCGGAACGAGACACGAGCAACGUGGUGCGGCAGGUCCUGGAGGCCGUGGCCUACCUGCACUCGCUCAAGAUCGUGCACAGGAACCUCAAGCUGGAGAACCUGGUGUAUUACAACAGGCUGAAGAACUCCAAGAUCGUCAUCAGCGACUUCCACCUGGCCAAGCUGGAGAACGGCCUCAUCAAGGAGCCCUGCGGGACGCCCGAGUACCUGGCCCCGGAGGUGGUAGGCCGGCAGCGGUACGGACGCCCCGUGGACUGCUGGGCCAUUGGCGUCAUCAUGUACAUCCUGCUUUCAGGGAACCCGCCUUUCUACGAGGAGGUGGAGGAGGACGACUAUGAGAACCACGACAAGAAUCUCUUCCGCAAGAUCCUGGCUGGCGACUACGAGUUCGACUCUCCGUACUGGGACGACAUCUCGCAGGCGGCCAAAGACCUGGUCACGAGGCUGAUGGAGGUGGAGCAGGACCAGCGCAUCACCGCCGAAGAGGCCAUCUCCCACGAGUGGAUUUCUGGCAACGCCGCUUCCGACAAGAACAUCAAGGAUGGCGUCUGUGCCCAGAUCGAGAAGAACUUUGCCAGGGCCAAGUGGAAGAAAGCUGUCCGAGUGACGACGCUCAUGAAGCGGCUGCGGGCGCCAGAGCAGUCCAGCGCCGCGGCCGCCCAGUCGGCUCCAGCCACAGACACUGCCGCGCCUGGGGCUGCAGACCGCAGCGCCACCCCAGCCACCGACGGGAGCGUCACCCCAGCCACCGACGGGAGCGCCACCCCAGCCACUGAUGGGAGCGUCACCCCAGCCACCGACGGGAGCGUCACCCCAGCCACCGAUGGGAGCGUCACCCCAGCCACUGACAGGAGCGUCACCCCAGCCACGGACGGGAGAGCCACCCCAGCCACAGAAGAGAGCACUGUGCCCACCAGCCAAAGCAGUGCCACCCCCGAGCCGGCUUCGGCCCAGCCGGACAGCACAGCCUCGGGGGGCGCAGCGGGCCAGGCUCCGCCCUCUAGUAAAGGGGAAGAGGCUGCUGGCUCUGCCGAGUCCCGGAGGGAGGAGACCAGCUGA